AUGGGAAAUUCGGAGAGCAGGGCGUUGGUAUCAGACUACUUGGAUGAGCUCGGUCAGUGUGACCUUGCGGUGGAUGCUGAAGCUGCACCUAUGAAGGAGGAGUUUUGGACUACUAUAUUUGAUACGCCCUUGAGCAUCGAGGAAAUCUUUGAAAUCAUCACUCCGGAGUGGGUGAGGAACCUCAGAGAUGAGAAGCCUUAUAAUAUGCAGUUCUUAUUGAGGAGGAUAAUAGAGAAGUUGGAGGAGGUAUGUGCGACGGGAUUGGUGCAAUCAGAAGAGGACGAAGGGUCCCAUGAGCUGACCCAAGGCCAACGGAGUGAGGCCUUACAGUGUGUUCGGCUGUUAACAAGGAUAGCCCCAUUCCUAUUGGAAGAUGUUGAUGCUGAGAACUGCUUGGCCUUGCUAUGGCAUUCCGGAGGAUUAGUCGUGAGGAACAGGGGAGAGUCGGUAGUAGUCGAGCCUGCAUCUCCAUCAGUCGAGGAAGCGGCGGGGGAUGAUGGAAGUAGCGUGACGUCGAGUGUGGAGGAUGUGGCUGAUCUUGGGAGGGCACCGCUCAUGUAUAGGAUGCUCAGAGCUCUGCAGUGGUCGUUGUUUCUCAAGGACUUCACCGUGCUGAUACCGCAAGGUGCUUCCUUGCCUCUACCGACUCACAGAGUGGAUUCAAGAUUCGUUUGGAGAGGGGGAAUCGGGACUGCUAAGGAGCUACCAGUGAAUCAGAAUAAUGAGAUCAUGAGUGCUCGCUGUGAGGUCCUCAAGUGUCUCCUCACUGUGCUCAGUGAGCCUCUUUUCCAGCCCAUAUCAUCCUACUCCUCGAAUCCCUCCAGAGUGCUUCUCACAUUCUGCAGCGGCGACCUGCCUUAUACAGCGAAUCUAUACUGCAGUCUUAUGAGCACUGUGGUGGCCUACGACCCGAGGGGAUAUGGCGUCCCAUACGGCUCGGCGUUCUCUAGUGGAAGUCAGGAGGCUUUGGUGGAUCUGUCCCUACAGGUGAAGGUCCCAGGUUCGAACCCUGGUGCGGGCACUUGUACUGUGCAGGUCUUAUGCGCAUUGCUAGACUUCAAUCCCUCACCGGACAAUACUGGAUCGGAGAUGGUGAAAACCCAUCGUACCGGGACUGGCUCUGAGGAUGGCAGUAACAACUCGAUAUCCGAGAGCUCCAACCAAGAGGAGUCGGCUGCUGCACGCAGAAGGUUUUCCUCGUGUGCCUUCCCUCUAGCUGGUCCGGAUGAUGAUGCUUCCAAACCUCGUAACGUUUAUAGAAUAAUGGCUAGAGGAGUUCAGAAGACUGGUGAACUGGACUUCAUGGCUGAUGGUUUGGUCCGAAUCGUGACGACAGUUGAUGAUGCUAAGCGAACAUACCUCCCGAGUAGCAGAAAAGUUGUGCCAUUCUACCAGGAGGCUCUCAUAUUGUUGUGGCACUUGAUUACCAUCAACUCAACCUACAGGAAGAGGCUCUGUAUUCGCCAUACUGAAGACAUUCUCCAUCCCCUCCUGGACCUUCUAGUGUCCUCUCGAAACUCUCAAGCCAAAAUAGGUCUCCUUCAUAUGUGCAGUUUUAUCAUACUUGUUCUGAGCAGCGAUCGCGACUUUGCAGUUGCUUUGAAUGCGCCAUUCAGGGGUAGCCGCAUCCAGGAUGUUCCCGUGUUCACCGGCACUUGGGCGGAUCUGAUGACUUUGAGUAUUUAUCGAGUCGUGUCGGACGCGUUGUUUGUCGCUGCCACGGCGAAGUCCCCGACAACAGGGGCUGAGAGUUUGAUAGAUAUGAUGCUCACUUCCCUCUGCAACAUCUCGGCGUAUGUGAGGACCUUCUGCCUCGAGUCAUGUAUAAAGAUCCUCAAUCUCGUGGAACGGUUUUCGAAGCCCCACUGGUUGUUCAAAGGGCCUCUCAACCACAACGCUGUAUUCUUCCUCGUCGAAAGCCUCAACAAUGUGAUCCAAUACCAAUACGAGGGGAACCACCAACUGGUGUACUCGGUCCUCCGACAUAAGGAGGUCUUCGACUCGCUCAAGCAGUUGAGGCUGCCUAAGUCGAGCCCUUCAACCUCUACAGUGCCCUCCAUCGUUGAUGAAUCGUCGAUGGAAAGCGACAAUGCUGCUGCAGGUCAGGAGAAGAGCUCUCAGGAGACUAGCGCACAGCAAGCAGUGAAUGAAUUCGACGAGUAUGGCAGAGCUGUUGGCAGCCCAGAAUCACGAGUAAAGAAACAGACAGCGCUGAUGCAUCAGGCAGCAGGCGCUAGUGGCGAUCCUUCUGUUGCCGAGGACAAGUGGGUCCCGACAGAGGCGUGGCUAGAAGAAUGGAAGAACAAAUUGAUGCAGAAAAUGGAAGCUAUUUAUCGCCUCUUCAAUGCUCUGUAUCCCAAGAUUGUUUCGGAAUGCGAAUCUGAAGGUGUAACGGACCAGAAUGGUGUGUUAGAGCUGCUUAAGGAUACGACCAUGGUCGGGAUCCUCCCCGUGCCACACCCAAUAGUUAUCAGAACCUACCAGCAGAAUGCCUAUACACAGCUCUGGUUCACGAGCUAUCUUUGGGGUGUCAUUUUUACGAGGUCCCAGGCAUUGCCGUUGUACGACUGGAAGAAGAUUCAGCUUAUUUUGAUCAAUCAGUAGCAA